AUGGCUACGAAAAAAAUAACUAACAAAAUCGCUACGAUCUUUCGUUGCGAAUCAAAAGGUCGUGAAAACCACACGGUUGUCGCGGAUUUGGAUGGAACAUUGCUCGUUGGGCGCAGUUCUUUCCCUUAUUUUGCUCUAGUCGCGUUCGAUGUAGGUGGAAUUUUGAGGCUGAUCUUGCUGCUCUUAGCUUCACCCUUGGCAGGGUUUCUAUACUAUUUUGUAUCCGAAUCUGCAGGAAUUCGUGUGCUCAUAUUCGCGACGUUUGCUGGUGUGAAAGUAUCGGCGAUCAAGUCAGCAGCAUCUGCUGUCUUGCCUAAGUAUUACUCGGAGGAUGUCCAUCCGGAGACAUGGCGCGUGUUUUCAUCGUGUGGAAGAAAAUGUGUGCUCACGGCAAACCCUAGAAUUAUGGUCGAGCCCUUUUUGAAAAAUCACAUGGAUGUCGAUAUUGUAUUAGGUACGGAGAUCUCGUCUUAUAAGGGGAUCGCCACUGGACUCGUGGCUCGCCCCGGCGUACUUGUUGAAAGAAACAAGGCUAUGGCUCUUAGGAAAGUUUUUGAUCGCGAAACCAUACCGGAUAUUGGGAUAGGCGAUCGAAGAACCGAUCUUCCCUUCAUGAAAUUGUGCAAGGAAAGGUACAUAGUCCCAUCGAAGCCCGCCGUCGCGCCGGUACCAACGGAGAUGUUGCCAAAGCCAGUGAUCUUCCACGACGGCCGGUUGGUUCAAAAGCCGACGCCCCUAAUGGCUCUAUUAAUCGUCUUGUGGUUUCCAUUCGCCGUCUUAUUAAGUCUUAUUCGCAUCCUAGUCGGCUCAAUUUCUCCUAUAACACUAGUUUACUACAUCUUGUGGCUAUUCGGGUGUCCGUACGAAGUAAAAGGUACGCCGCCCCGUGGGAGAGGGGUCGUAUUGGUUUGUUCACAUAGAACUGUAAUCGAUCCUGUCUAUGUCUCUGGUGUCAUGCGCAAAAUGACAAUGGCCAUCGCCUACUCCGUCUCAAGUUUUACCGAAUUCUUGUCCCCAAUUAAGAUAGCCCGAGUCACAAGAAACCGCGAAGAGGAUGCCAAGAUUAUAAAAAAGAUUUUGGACAAGGGCGAAUACUUGGUCAUGUGCCCCGAAGGCACGACUUGUAGGGAACCCUAUUUGCUUAGGUUCUCAUCCCUCUUUGCUGAACUAACCGAUCAAAUUGUCCCGGUCGCAAUUUCUGUGAAAACAAGUAUGUUCUACGCGACCACGGCCCGGGGCUACAAAUGGUUGGAUCCCGUGUUCUGGUUCAUGAACCCUUUUCCGAAAUAUGAGAUCAAGUUCCUCGAACAGCUACCGAUCGAUCAAACUUGCAGCGGAGGGAAAUCUAGACACGAAGUUGCUAAUAAUGUUCAAGAAAUGAUUGCCAAGACAUUGAACUAUAAAUGUACUAAUCUUACUAGGAGGGACAAAUAUAGAGCUUUAGUUGGAACAGAUGGACUUGUGGGACAAAAACCAACUGCUGUAUCUUAG